AUGCACACUCAUUCACACAUGUGGGAGCAUGAGACGGACAUACUGAGGGUGCUCGACGAUAUAGAGCACGACCUGUUUCUACCGCAACGGCUCUCGCGUGAUGCUGCUGACGUUGACGAGUCUCACGUCCAAUACGGUAUAGUUAAAGACUGUUCAGUACUCACAUGUGGGUGCUGCGUAUCUGAGUCGCUGUUUCAUACACUGUGCGAUGCGGCUCCGAACAAGCAAGUCAUUUGUCCCGUUUGCCAUUGUGGAGACGUUAAGCUGCUCUCUGCCAUCAAGCCAUUGCGGCAGUUGGCUCGACAGAUUGAUUUCUUCAGGAGCACUGUUGCACAGGCUGAAACCGAGAGUGAGGAGUUUCCGGCUAUGGCAAAGGCAUCGUUUUCGUCGUCGUCACUAUCGCUGUCACGAUCGCCGUCUUCCUCUUCCCCUGGAUCCGAAACCGAUAACAAGACGCUUUCUAGUAUGACGACAAAGGAGAAAUCAUCAUUGCUACAGAUUUUCCACAUUGUGGCCUCGAAGAUACACAAUUUAAAUACAGAGGAGAAAUCGGACCACCCGCUCGCUGCAGGAAAGCCCCAAGAACAAGAAGAACACACCGUAAAGGAGAACUACACAAGCAGCCUACUCGAGCCUGCCUAUGACGACCGCACGAACUGGAAGGUACUGGAUAACGUUUCCAACACGAGGACGGUGCCAAUAGACAACAACUCCUCCUUGGUGUCUGCAGACGUUACUAUACCCUCCACAGCGACCUACCAGGCAAACAGCACGCAUGAUCUGGACGAAGAAAGGGAAUACUUCUUUGCCAACUGCUUUCCUAUGUACAGGAAGAGAUUCCAGUUCAAUACGCACACCAAGUUUCUCGGGACCAAAUCCAAACUGUUUAUCAACCAGACUAUUUCCCCUGACUGCACCAAAUUCGCCUUGAUCACCGAACACAAGUGGGAAAUAUACUCGAUCAAUCCGAAGGACAACUCUCCCCAGCUUAUAUCGUGUGGCAAGUCCAGCGGAGAGUAUGGGCCCGACUUUAACCAACUGACCGAGCCCACACAGUUACCAGGCACCGCUCCUCAAUCAUCGAAGAAGAAGAAGAAAAACUGGAGCCAGCGAUUUUGCAAACUGUCCAAUGACUUCCUGAUAAUAUCGGGCUCGCAUAAUAUUCUCAAUAUUCACGACAUCAACCAAAGCGGCAAACUGAUAUAUACAUACGUCUCGAACUUCCCCAUCCGGUGCAUAGACAUCGACCCUCGGUCGCAGAUAAUAGCGUACGGGAUUACAGGGAAAGAUAGGCACACGGGUGCAGAGCAAGCAUUAAUAGUAAUUCAACAGAUCACCAGAAACAAAGUCACCCAGGAGCCCGAGUUUCCUCCGCCGAUCACAAUAACACUCCCUUACAGGGACCCCAUCAAUACCAUACAACUGUCGCACGAUGCCAAGUACCUGACGUGCUCCACCGCAUUGGAGUCUCGCUUCUUGAUCAUCUCCCUCCAGAAAAUAAACGAACCAAGACUGAUAAUGAAAAGCGUCCGGUCCAUUGACACGUCGUUGGAAUCAGAAGGAAUCACCGAUACAAAACUCUUCCCGGGGAACCCGAACCUGAUGUGUAUCACGUCCACAGCAUUCAACUCGUCCCCCCUGGUGAUAAACACCAAGAUUACCCAAAUCAACGGCGUACGGACAGUGGCCCAGCCGUCCAUGCUGAUCAGAGUGGACGAAAUCGGAUGCAAGAUCCACAAGUGCGAAAUCUCUCCAAGAAACGACGCUAUCGCCUUUCUCGACCGCAAUGGGUCCGUCUACAUUAUGUGUGCGCCCACCAUGAUGGACAACAACGAGAAGAGAAGAACCAUUCUUGUUGAAACCGUCGCCAACGCCUACAGAGCCUACGAAUCGGCCACCUUGCGGUUCAACCCGGAAGGCAACAAGCUAUACAUCCUGGACAGAAAGGGGGCCUUCUUCGUGGAGGACUUUGCGUUUGGCCUGCCCCAGUCGCGUGAGAUCACCAAGUGUAAGCAAAUAUACUACAAGUAA